UGACGUGUUGUCAUGACAUAUACUGUAGCAGAAAAAAAAGAGUGAAAACUUGGGAAAAUCUUUAGAAAAUAACUCGGGAUAUAGACUUUCUACUUGUGUAGAAUACGGCAGUUUUUAAACUAAUACUAUUUUAAAGCGUUGUCUAAGUGUAUCAGUUCACAAUACAAUUUGAAUUGUGUUUUGUUAUUGUUUACUAAGCAGCUCGCUGCGCGUUGACUUGGAGACGAACGGGACAGCGGACGGCACCGUUAUACCUUAUUUAUGAAUGUGGGAAUCUUCAAUAGAGUCAACCAUAAGAACAAGGAUUCAGGCGGUAUGUACGCCGAGUGGAGCUCGCUGCCGCUCGAGGGCGGCGGGCACGGCGUGCUCGGCGCGGUCGGCGGCGCGGCCGGCGCGGGCCGCGACGUGGUGCUGGCGGUGGUCCGCCAGCUAACGUCGCACGAGCCAAGCCCGCUCACCACCGACGCCGAGGUGGAAUGGGUCCUCGAAGUGAUCCGCUUCGGUCUCUCCCUGCCGCUGCACGAGCACGAGGCGCUCCGCGACUGCGUGCGCGUGUGCUGCUCGUGGCUGUCGCCGCUGCUGCCGCCCGCGCCGCCCGCGCAGCCGCCGCCGCCCGCCGUGCCGCCGCCGGUCGCCGCCGCACCCAAACGAUACGCGAGGAAGAUACUAAGGCAUUUGCAUAAUCUGUUCGUGCCGAGGCCUAAUGAGACACUCACAUUCAUAUAUCAGACGGAACUGGGCGGCGACCUGAUCGGCAAGCAGGCCGUCCUCUGCCACCGGGUGCUCCGUCUCGCUCGCACUGUAGCCGGCUCAGCGGACCUGGGAGCGGCGGAGUGGAAGUCUCUUUUACUCCUACUGCUGGCCGCGGCGCGGGCGCUGCUGUCCCCGCCCGCCCCGCACCACUCCUCGGCUGACCAGUUGUGUCGGCGUGUGCUGGCUGUGCUGCUGGAGGUGUGGCUGCUGGCGUGUCACAGAUGUUUCCCGUCACCCCCGCUAUGGCGCACGCUUCGUGAACAAUGCAUCCGUUGGCGGCAUCGCGCGCCGCUCACAGAACAAUGGACGAGAGUUUCGCUCUGCCUUACGGCGAGGCUGCUAGGGCAUAUGUACGGCCCAACGUUCCCCAAGAUGCCUAUAAGCGAAGAAGACGCCAACCUGAUUCCCCCGGAUAUGUCCGCCGAAGCUGUCAUGCAGUCCUGGUACCGAAUACUCCACACCAUCGGCAACCCGGUGGACCUGUGCCGGCCGCACGUCAUCAGCCAGACUCCGGACUUUCUGCAGUACUCAGUGCUCGAGGAGGGCGCGCGCGACCCGUCGCAGCACCCGUGCCUGCAGGCGCUGCCGGCGAUCUUCCACAACGCCAUGCGAGGGCUCGCCGCGCAUGUCGACGCGUUCCUUGGGCGGGGCUCGGAGCGGUGGUGGGAGGCGGGGGUCAGCGGCUCCAGCGCCGCGGAGGAGGGGGACACGCCCCCCGCGCACCGCCGCCUCGCCAAGUCCUACAGCGUGGCCGGCAAGGCCAGGGACAAGACCGAGAAAGGUACUCCACGGUCAUCUCUAAUCGGACUGACGGGGGGAGGCAGCAGGCCUGCUAGUGUGGCGCCUACUACUCCACCUAAUUCUAUCGUCUCACAAGUGUGUGAUACGGAGAAACCGCCCCUGACUCCACUGCGUCCGAAAGUGAACUCCAUCUUCCAUUUGUUCGGCGAGUGGCUGUUCGAAGCAGCACUCAUUGGGACCACGCCUUCCUACAACAACCAACAACGAGCCGACGGCACUCCGCCGCCGCCAUCAUUGUCGGAUGCCACGAGCAAACUGAAUAUGGCAGCGUACCAACCAGGUCGCGCCGAAGCCCUAGGCGCCUUAUGUCGCGUACUUUGCUCCAAGCAGUGUCGUGAAGAGGUUUCAGCCCAGUACCUAGCACGUUGCUACGCCGCCAUUCACCGCGGGCUGAGAGACCCGCCUACCGCGCCCGCUGUCGUACUCAAUGCGCCUGAUAUAUUCAGAUUGGACCUGGAUGGCGUAUUGGUGUUAGUUCCUGACUUCAUCACAGCACUAGAGCACAUCCUAACAGAGCGAGAGCCCAAACUGGAAUGCGGUUCCAUAGACAAGCGAGAGCUGCGCAAGGCGGCCAUCAGCGCGUUGUUGUCUCUGGUCGCCUUCCCGCACCAUUAUAAGGGGCUGCCGGUUCCUGAGUUCCCCGGGUGCAAUGAGUACGCCGGCAUGACACUAGGCGACUACGCCCGCGGCAAGAUCUCCCUAAUCUGCGUAACUGCAGUCCAGGUUGAGACCUCAGACGCACUAGCAGUGCCUUUGCUAAGCGCUUUGUACCUGUGUGUGAGGCAUAACGCGCAGGUAUCGACGGCGAGCAAGGCGCAUAGCGCGCCGCCUGGCUCGACUAUGUCGCAUAGCACGGAUUACAAAGCGCGCUCCGACGGCGGCGCGGCGGAGCCCUCGCUGGACGACCUCGUCACCGACCUGGACCCGGCGUCGCCGCUUUUCGGUGCGGCACUGGUGGUGCGUGCCACGUACUUAGUGUGCCACCGCCUAAUCUCCUCGUGGAAGGGAGACCUGCAGGUGUCGCUGGCCGCGUUGGAACUGCUCUCUGGCCUGGCUAAGCUGCACUCUGCUAAACCAGAAGCGAUAGAGCGCAAGCGCGCCGUCCGCUGGAUCUGCGACUACAUUAGCAUCCAAUGCAGCCGCCCCCCUCCCGCGCACUCGCGCGACCUGCACUCGUGCGUGGUGGCCGCGUACUCCUGCCUGGCCUCCUGGCUGUGUCCCGCGCUGCUCGCCGACCCGGACUGCCUGGCCGCGCUCAUGGAGGUGGUGGAGCUGGGCAUCUCGGGCACCAAGAGCCAGGGUAAAUCAGGCGAGCAACCAAAAAUGAAAGAUGAGAAGGAACUAAAGCCUGUUUCUAUGAGAGUGCGCGACGCAGCCGAAUCCUUAUUGAUGCUCAUUUUGGAACAGGUGGGAUCCGAAUCUCCGGGCACCGGUUGGUGUCGAUUGGACGAGCGAUGGCUAUCAGCUUUAGGACACGGCCGCCUGAGGCAUUACGUCGCCGACGGCAAUAUUCUGUUGUCGUUGUUGGAAGAACCGCUCGCGAACAGCCAGGAACCGCAACCUACGCUUAUUGUGAUUAUCCGCUGCGGCUGGGGCCGCUUCGCGUGGUCCAUGAGCAACCGCGGCGCGCCCCGCUCGGGCUUGCGCGGCGGAGGGGCGGCGUGCGCGCGCCCCGUGGACAUCACGGAGCCGCCGCCCCGCGCGCCGCCCGUCUGCCGCCCGCUGCCGCCCGCGCCGCCACCGUGCGCCGUUGACAGCGCAUUCCCAAGCCUGGAGGCGGUGUUGCGCCAACUGAACGACCCAGAGGCGCCCACGCUAUUCAAGCUGUUGGAACAACAGGCCGCCGUCGAAAAACGCGUUCAGGAGAGUGAAAAUAACGCGGUGCCAGAAGAGUGUGUACCGCCGGAGCCCGUGACGGAGUUUCAGACUGCGCGGUUGUUCUUGUCGCACUUCGGCUAUCUCAACAUCGGCGGGGAGAGAAAGGGCUUGGGACCACGAUUGGUGGCCCUGGACGACUCAGCGGCCGGGUUCGCGGCGGCGCUGCGCCGCGUGGACUCGUGCGGCGCGCGCACGGUGCUGACCGUGCACGUGCUGCUGGCGCGCGCCGGGCAGCGCGCCGCGAGGGACAUCGUGGCCAACUCGCGCCGGGACCCGCCCGCUGCCUUCGCGAGGAUGCUGCAAGGGCUGGGCAAGCCGGUGCGCGUCCGUGGCCACCCGGGUUGGACGGGCCACGUGGCGACGAGCUACGACGCGCAGCCCGAGUACUUGUCCACGCCGCCCCCCGCCGCCGCCGAGGACAAGACCCCCUCCAUCUACGACGGCAGGGAGCAGGUACUUUACUGGUCAGACUCCAGCAACGAGAUAGCGUUCGUCGUGCCGUCGGGACACGAGGUGGUCGACACGGACACGGACGAUAAAAGCGACGUAAAAUCUGAUACCGACGGGAACUGCUUGUCUGCCAGGAGUUCAGAAAAGGCGGUAGGCUCGCGCUGGGACGUGUCGAGCAACAGCUCGGGCGCGCUGUCUUACGAGCGAAGCAUCAGCGAGUCCGACAAGGCGGAGCGAGGCCGCUCCAGUCUCAACGAGAAAGUGCGCGCGCUGUCGCUCGACCUUGACAAGCAACCAGGCGCACAGCUGACGGGAAGCGGUAGGCGUAAUCGUGACUUCACGACGAAGAUUAUGGUUAUCUGGUUGGAAGAUUUUGAAGAUCAUCUGAAUCUACCAAUCGACUCGCUGCUCCGCUACUGCGAGACGGGCCUGCCCUGGCGGCGGCACGAGGCGCACUGCAUCUGCGUGUCGCCGCGGCGCUCCGGGCUGCUGCUGGCGCGCACGGUGCCGCGCGCGGCCGGCGUGCUGUGCGACGGCGCGCUGCUGGCGCCCGAGCUGCUGCCCGCCGCCCUGCGCCGCGCCGCGCGCUGCCUGGCCAGGCCCAUCCGCCUCAACACCGACCUAUACCAACCCCCGCACGUGCGUCGCCGGCACCUCAUCCAGGAGUUGGCGCAGCAGUUCAGGAGGGAUCUCACCGAGCCCGAGCUAUUGGAGUCACUCUUCAAACCGCCCGUCUAAACGCAAUAGGCCAGAGGGGCUAAGGGUGGUAUUCCAUCUGUCCAAUAUCUUGGUCCAAUGUGUAUUUGCGUCUCAAGCCCGCCCCACACUCAUGCGCGAAUCGCGGUGCGAAGCCGCGAACACGAGUGUGGAGCCGAUUUCACAGAUCUGCGAAAUGGACUCCACACUCGCGUUCGCGGCGCGAAGCAGCGCUCGACUGUGGAGCGGGCUUCACAUUUUGUUAAUAACUUUUGAAAAAAAUCCGUUUUCUGGACCUACUGCAUCUUUAAAGAGACAGACAGAGAUUACAGGUUAUCUUCAUGUUUCUUGCAUGUAGCUUGCGUAUUUUGAACCGACUUCCCAAAAGUUGAAGAUAUAUAUUCGAAUAAUUUUAAACAUAAUUAGGUAUUAUAACUUUAAGACUGAUGUGUAAUCGUGCUUAAUAACAUUCCUUGGUAAUGUUGCAGUAUUUUAAUAAUUUAAUUUGCUUAUGCAUAAUUUAUAUCGUUACAUAAUAAUAUAAUAAAUUUAACUUAUUUAAA